AUGGAUGUGAAACAACCACUGGAGAAAACAUUGUGUCAAUUGCUUCACGAGCAAGUCAUUACCAAUGGUAAGGCAGUCGCACUCGAACAUGAUGGCCGAGUAGUCAGCUAUGCUGAAGUCUGGUCGGUUUGCGUAAAUGUGGCCUCAGCAAUUCGCAAUCUGUUGACCGCGAUUGGCAAGGAUGGAAAAGUAUGCAUUGCUAUUAUGGCUUAUCGUUCAAUUCAAACAGUACAGUCGAUAUGGUCCAUCCUUCUUGCUGGUUGCCAUUAUGUAAUUAUCGAUCCAGAUUUACCGAUAGAACGCAAGUUGUGGAUUCUUCGUGAGACUAAAGCUGUAAUUUUGAUUAUCAACGAUAUAGAUGGCAAUGAAGAUGAAAAACAAACUAUGUCUGUAGUUCCAACUGCCACCUUUGAAUCAUUGCUUAAUCAAAUCAAAGAAACUGAUAAUAUUUCGAUGCAGUAUUAUCUGGUGAAAAAUUCAAUCAAACCAGACGAUCUUGCUUAUAUUAUUUUUACAUCAGGCUCUACCGGCACACCAGAAGGUGUUUGCACAACGCACAAAAAUAUCGUAUGCCGUACGGUAGGUGUAGGUUGUCAUUCGAUUCGUUCUGGAUAUCGCGUAGGUCAGAUAUGUUCAUUGAGUUUCGACGUCUCUACAUUUGAAAUAUAUGCUACGCUAUUAAAUGGUGGUGUCUUAGUAAUUAUUAAUAAUUCUGCGAUAGCAUCAUGUUCAGCACUUGCAGCUCACCACCUCAAUAUGGUUAAUCCACCAACGGCUAUUUUUAAUACACUUGCUAAACAACCGGAAGCAGCCAGUUUUUUUCCUGCUUUGGACGCCGUUAUUUUUGCUGGCGAAAAGGCCAAUUCGAAAUCUGUACAAGCAGUAACUCAAUAUGCAUCUUCGAUGUUGAUCAAUGGUUAUGGACCAACAGAAACAACGCACAAUGCACUUUGCUACAUCAUUACAAAAGAGUCAUCUGCACUCCAUUCAAUUCCUAUCGGUCGACCACUACCCAAUACCUAUAUGUAUGUGGUUGACAGCCAUCUGAAACUGGUGCCCAUUGGUGUCUCUGGUGAACUUCUUAUCGGUGGAGCCGGUGUUAGUGCCGGUUAUUUCAAUGAUAAAAAAUUGACAGCGCAAAAAUUUAUCAUGAAUCCUUUUAUAUCAAUCAAUGGUCCAAAGAAUCAGAAAAUCGUCUAUCGGACUGGGGACAUUGUGCGUAUGUUGGAAGACGGUAACAUUGAAUAUCAACAUCGUGUUGACAGUCAAGUCAAGAUACGUUCGCAACGAAUUGAACUAUGUGAGAUAGAGAGUCGUUUAUUGGACUUAGAAGAAAUCUCCGAGGUUGUCGUUAUUUUGCGUAAUGAUAUCUUCGAAGAACAUGCCGCUGAUCAGCAACACUUGGUGGCCUAUGUGGUCUUGACCAAGGCACUACAUUCUACAGAAGAUCGAAUUCGCUGUUGCCUGACUCAAUGGUUACCACAUCACAUGGUUCCGUCAUUUAUUAUUAUUCUUGAGACAAUGCCAUUGAAUUCAAUUGGAAAGAUCAAUCGGAAAAUGUUGCCCAAACCUGCAAUGAUAAAAAGUGUUAGAAGUAUUGUUUUGACUAUUUUAGCAAGUGUACUUAAGAAACAGACUUUACUUGGAAGUGCUAAUUUCCUGCAAUUAGGUGGUCACUCACUAUCUGCAAUGGAAGUUAUGGCGCGCCUCUAUCAAUCGUUUGGUAUUACACGUCUGUCCGUGACCUAUUUCAAAGUGUCACUCUCAACGAUUACGCCAACCAAAUUGAACAGAUUGUGA